AUGAUGACUUUAAGAAUUGUAUUUGCUUUGGCGUUGGCUUGUUUGGCUAAGGUUGAAGCUAAUCCUUGUGGCACAUGCGGUGGAUUUCCAUAUCCUAGCCUAGAUCUUUGUUUACCACCACCAUGCCCACUACCAUGCUUACCACCAUGCCCACCACCAUGCCCACCACCAUGCUUCCUACCAUGUCCACCACCAUGUCCACCACCAUGCCUCCCUUGCUUGCCACCAUGUCCACCACCAUGCUUCCUGCCAGCACCACCAUGUCCUCUUCCUCUCCCUCUUCCUCUUCCUUGCUUACCACCAUGUCCACCACCAUGCUUCCUGCCAGCACCACCAUGUCCUCUUCCUCUCCCUCUUCCUCUUCCUUGCUUACCACCAUGUCCACCACCAUGCUUCCUGCCAGCACCGCCAUGUCCUCUUCCUCUCCCUCUUCCUCUUCCUUGCUUACCACCAUGCCCACCCCCAUGCUUCUUACCAUGCCCACCACCAUGCCCACCACCCUGCCUUCCUUGCUUACCACCAUGUCCACCACCAUGCCUUCCUUGCUUACCACCAUGUCCACCACCAUGCCUUCCUUGCUUACCACCAUGUCCACCACCAUGCCUCCCUUGCUUACCACCAUGUCCACCACCAUGCCUUCCUUGUGCUCCAUGUGCUCCAUGUGUUCCACCACCAGCAUUGAUACCAGUACCAUUAUGUCCUCUACCUUGUUUCUCUAUUCCACCACCAUGUGCACCUUGUGCACCUUGUGCUCCACUGUGUCCACCUUGCGCACCAUUGUGUCCACCAUGCUACUGUUAA